AUGGUCUUAUGCAUAGGAGAUUCAAUCAAGAAGACAGUGUUCAAAUGCUACUCAGAACAAGAGAUUAAAGAGAUAGACAUCUCUGCAUAUUUUGAUAAAUUAGUAAUUCUAGUCUUUUACCCUUUAGAUUUUACAUUUGUGUGUCCUACAGAGAUACUUGGCUUCAGCAAGAACAAAGAGCUGUUCCAGAAAGAAGGCGCGGUUGUUCUUCUCAUCUCCUGCGACAGCGUGUACUCGCACAAGGCGUGGAUGGAGACCACCUCUCCUGGAAAUAUUUCUGAGAACACUCUUCCUCUGCUUUCUGAUGCCAGCGGAGAGCUUUCCCGAAGCCUGGGAAUAUUUGUGGAAGAGGAGGGAAGGUCAAGAAGAGCAACUAUUAUUCUACAAGACGGAAAAAUAAUAUACAAACUGGUCCACGCAGACCCCAUAGGAAGAUCAUCACUGGAGGCUCUUCGGGUUAUUAAGGCUAUUAACUUCCACACGAAGUAUGGAGAUGUGUGCCCUCUGGACUGGGACAGCAAGGAAUAA